GUAACUUAUCUAUUCCGAAAAAUACUUGAUUCAACUCUUGGUCAUUUUGCAACAUCAAAACCACAAGAUCAAAAAAGAUAUAAGAAAAUUAGUAAAGAUUAUUUUGCUAUUCGCUUUGACUAUGAACCACCACCAAGAACCAAGAAAUAA